AUGGUAAAUGGAAGUCUAGAGGUGUGGCUGCAUCCAAGAGAUAAUGAGGAAUCUAAAAGUAAGAGGUUAAGCCUUAUCCAAAGACUGAAUAUUGCAAUUGAUGUUACUUCUGCAUUGGACUAUCUCUACCACCAUUCCAGAGCUUCAAUUGUUCAUUGUGAUAUGAAGCCAAGCAACGUUCUUCUUGAUGAAGAUAUGGUAGCUCAUGUUGGUGACUUUAGUUUAGCAAGGUUCUUGUUUGAAGCAUCGGACAAUCCCUCUCAAAGUCAAACCAUGUCAGCUAGGUUAAAGGGUUCCAUUGGCUACAUUCCUCCAGAGUAUGGCAUGGGAGGCCAAGUCUCGACAUUGGGAGAUGUGUAUAGCUUUGGAGUAUUGCUGCUAGAAAUGUUCACAGGGAAAAGACCUAUGGACGACAUGUUUGGAGGUCAUCUAAGCAUUCACCAAUUCACAGCAAUGGCAAUGUCUGACCAUGCCAUGGACUUAGUUGACCCUUCAUUAUUGAUCAUUGAAAGAGAAGAUGCAGAUACUACUGAUGAUGCAGCUUGUUCCAUGGAAGAAUCUUGGAGAAAUGUUUUGGUUUCAGUGAUGCAGAUUGGACUGUCUUGCACUGAAAUAUGCCUAGGAGAGCAGAUGCAUACGGAUGUAGUUGUCAAGAAAAUGAAUGGAAUACGGGACUCAUAUAUGAACUUGGAAUAA